AUGGACAUUGACGAUGCAUUGCCUCCUCCGAUUCGUCGCUCACCCAGAGCUGCUCUCGAAGCACGGAAGCAGCGCAGAGAGUACCGUUCGUUCAUAUUUGACGACAUCAACGAGCAAGGAGACGAAGCCCCACUGCCCCCAAAAGCGCCAGAUGAAGCAGCCUCAGUCAAUCGUGACGCAUACAAUGAACCCACGCUUCACGGAUCCGCUGCAUCCGGUGUUAAUCCAUUGCGGUCUCAUCCGGUUGACGCACCAUUGCCCCGAAAUCUAGCUCGCAAAUACUCAUAUCCGCUUCUGGUGUCGGAACCCAAAGAUGGGACAUCACCUGAUCCGGCACCUGUCAUUGAACCACCAGCCUCACGCCGACAUCCGCGCGGGCUCGUUUCUUAUCGGAACAACAAGAGAGAACUCAAGAUCAACAAGAAGCUGCCCCCGCAUCUGCGGCGACAAACCUCUUUGGAAACAAUCAAUUCAGUGACGACGACUACUUCUGAUGACCAAAGCGAAGAUGCCCAUGACCCUCCAGAAGCUGAGGCUCCUUGCUCGGAAUGGUAUGCUAUGAAAGAUGACUUGUACUCCAAUCCACCGCCUAGUGUCGUAUCCAAAGCAUCAUCAACACAUUCUUCGAUUUCCAGCUCAAGACAGUCAACCACGCCUGUAGAAACGCCUCUGGAAUAUGCAAGUCUUGAUCAUCACACGCCUCAGUCACUGUUCCGGAAAAUGAUGCCUCGCAAGCUGUCUGAUAAGAUGCAAGACAGUUCUCCCAGUCCUAGUCGUCUAGUCAUUGAAAAGACAACGUCGAUUAACCGAUCAUCAAGCUCGUUUACGCUGUCAGGAUCCACCACUUCACCAAGCGAGGGGUAUCGCUCGCUCCAUUCGAUACUUGAGGAAGUUGGACGAGAUCGAUCUGCGUCAAAAUCUAGUGGAAGCAGCAAAUGGAGCGCAAGUGACUUUGACACCAGCACGCUGUCUGAGGCGGAACUGAAGAGGUGUAAGAAAAAGGGGAUCAAUCCAGCUCUGUACGCUGAGAUGCGCGCAGCAAAGAAGGGCAAAUGGGCCAGUCCAAUCGCCGGCAAUACGUUCCUCUAG